GCAGUGGUAGUGGUUAUUUUUUUUGUAUCUUGUCAAUGAAAAGACGGGAAGGGGCUUGGGCGGGCCGCGUCUCAAGACAUUCAGUCUCUUGCUACGAGCGGUUGCGUAUACCAAGCGCACAUGUUGGACGAUAUUACGAACUUUUCGCCCGCGUUCCGACCUCAAACUAUGAGUUACGACUGUGAUAACAGAGUGCCCAUCAAACGCGAGAACCUUGAAUGUCCUGAAGAGGAAGAUUAUUACGGUUACGUGCCUGUGGAAGUCAAGCGGGACACAGACAUGCAAGGAUUCAUAUCGUCCUCGCCAACACAUCUUAUGGACCUUAGCAAUGGCCCGGAACGGCCCGCGCUACAGCAGUCGUGGCCCAAUAACGUGAUUUUCGAAAGUGAAGAAAGAGAUUAUCAACAGCAACAAUACCCGCCAUAUGAACCGAUGUAUGAUCAGCGUCAGAGGCAUUUUUCCCGCUACUACUUCGAAGAUUCCAAUUCUCAAGACAGAAUGGGAGCCUAUUAUGAGCCGGGAGAACCUUCGAAAAUGGCCGAACAAACGUACCGUGCGUCGACUGAAGAGAGAAGCGAAGAAAGCGACGACCAGAGGAGAUCUAAGAAAAGAUCAUCAAAAUCGUCUCGAAAGAAAACACAAUCAUUCGAGGAGAUGCAAAUCCAACGAGUAAUGGCUAACGUGCGGGAGCGGCAGAGGACACAGAGCUUGAACGAAGCAUUCGCAAGUUUGCGACAAAUUAUACCAUCAUUGCCUAGCGAUAAACUAUCCAAGAUACAGACGCUACAGUUAGCGACGCAGUAUAUCGAGUUUUUGUAUCAGAUUUUAUCCAAUAGCGAAUCUGCGGCGAGCAGUGACAGUAGCGACGCGGGCAGCGAACAUGGAAAAUACUUGGCCCAAGAUAAACUAAGUUAUGCUUUCUCAGUGUGGCGGAUGGAAGGCGAAUGGACCAACGGACAGACGUGAUAACAAAUCUAUACAUAACGAAAGACUCAAAAUAUUCCAUAUAAAACGUCUAGUGAUAGUAUUUUGUAAAAAUGUGAAGUUAUUAAGAUUAGAUAGUUUAAGAAGGUUGCGUAAUGUAUAAGUUCUACAUGUGAUAGUCUAUAGUUGUACGAGAACCAAAUAAUUAAAGUGAUAUAUCUAAUUAGGAAAAUUAUACGUAAGAUACUAUUGCACAGCUGCAUACCAAAAAUGUAAAAUUCCAGUU